UUUAUAGCGCUUACCACUGGUCACAUUCAGGGGUGGUUCAUGCAAGCUCUGCAUGGUCCCAAUGAUCACUCUCUAUGUUGCCAUGAUCGAUUUGUCUAUCACUGUCCUGUACCAGGCGGGGACCAAUGUCGGGCAGACCGUGAUUUAUACCAUUCUCGUGACGAAUCGCUUGUUCAUUAUGGCCCAAUAUGAUUCCAGCAUAUACGAUGCCAUCGCCCUCAUGGUCAUCGGGUGUGCAGCGUUAUACUCGGUCUUCGCUAUUAUUUUUAUAGUGUCAUUUGGUAUACAUUCUGACGGUGUUGUCACUCUAUGCUUCCUGUCUAUUGGCAAAAUCCAGGGCAUCGUUCAAUUGUUUAUCAUUAUUCGUGUUGCAUGGGGGCGGGGAGUUACACGCGAGUGGUCGACUCAAGACACUGCAAUAAUUACGGCUAUAGCAUUUACAGGGACUGUAUCGGGCAUUACAGAGGGAACCGACAAUGAACGAAUAGGCAGGCCAGAGCGAGACGUCAUUCAGUUGUAUGCUGAUUCCGACUCGGAGAGGGCAGCGGAGGUUUCAGUGUCUGUAACCUGAAAUUGGUUUGCAUAAUAUAAACUUAAUCUUUCAGACCCAAGCCGAUGAUGUGGUUGCACAUAACAUUCGGC